AUGCGAAAUAUUAUUAAAUCUUCCUCUGCGAAUGUGCUGAGAAACUGUAAAUUAAUCCCAAUUAAGAGAAAUUCCAAUUAUUCCACAGACUCAGCCCUCUUAGAAAAGAGAAUUAUUAAGGAAGUACUCUCACAAGAAGAAAUAUCAGAUGAUUUAAUGCUUGAUGGCAUAUCUGUACAGGAUUCUACUGCUAUAGAUGUUAAUUCAAUUUUAUACGACAGAAUAGAGAUGUACAACUGUAUUUCCUGCUUAUUACUAGAUCCUGUAAAUAUUGAAAUACUUGGAGGAAGACAGGUGGGGAAGACUUUGUUUCUUUACGGCCUUUUGCGUGCUAACCAUCAUUUAUGCCCCCAGCUUAUUCUUACAAAAGGAUCCAUUCCUGUUAUACCUGGGACUAAAAUACACACUGCCACUAAUAUUCGUGUACUAAUCACAGUCCUUGAAGACAUUAUAAAUACGCACAGUAUAACCAAGACACAAUUAUUGGGAAUAGACACACUAAUUACUCUUUUAAUUGCCGAAAAGGCAGAGGAGAGAAGGAGUGAAGUAUUCUUCUUAUUAAAAGUGCUUAAUGCUUUGGGCGUGCGAGUUAUUGUAAUAACAAGUUUAAUAGAAACUGUUAGGAAAUCUUCUGAUUUCUAUGAUAAAAGUCUGCUUUUUAAGCCUGUUAUGUAUACAUAA